CAUAUUUAUAUUUUUUGAUUUUGGUUUUAUUGAAUCAGAUUUCUGGGAAUUGUAGCAGAAACCCAAAUGUCCAAACAAACUUACAGGGUCUGCUUUUGCUUCCGGCGGAGGUUCAGGCUCACAGUUUCAGAGGCACCCGAGGAGAUCAAGAGAGUGUUCGAACGGUACUCCGAGAAUGGAUUAAUGUCCACCGAUGGACUUCAAAGGUUCUUAGUUGAAGUCCAGAAAGAAGAUAAGGCAACCAGAGAAGAUGCUCAGAAGAUUAUUGACAGUGUUAAGCAUUUUCAUAGAAAGGGUUUAAAUCUUGAAGCUUUUUUCAAGUAUCUCUUUGAUGAUAUCAAUCCUCCUCUUGCUUCUCUGGGGGUCCACCAUGAUAUGAAUGCUCCUUUGUCUCAUUAUUUCAUACAUACCGGUCAUAAUUCCUAUCUUACCGGGAAUCAACUCAGUAGCGACUGCAGCGAUGUCCCCAUCAUAAAUGCACUUAAGAGAGGCGUGAGAGUGAUAGAGUUGGAUAUAUGGCCGAAUUCCACGAAAAAUAAUGUCGAUGUUCUUCAUGGAAGAACUCUGACUACUCCGGUGGAACUCAUCAAGUGUCUGAGGUCUAUUAAGGAAUACGCUUUUGUUGCAUCGGAAUACCCGGUUGUUAUAACUCUAGAAGAUCAUCUUACUCCGGAUCUUCAGGGUAAAGUUGCCGAGAUGGUAACUGAAACAUUCGGAGACAUCCUGUUUUCGCCUGGCUCGGAAUGCUUAAAAGAAUUCCCGUCUCCGGAAUCAUUGAAGAAGCGGAUAAUCAUAUCUACAAAACCACCAAAGGAAUACCUUGAGGCCAAAGAAGUUAAGGAUAAAGAGAAUGAGUCGGAGAAGGGUAAGGUCCGUGAUGAAGAAACUUGGGGAAAAGAAGUUCCAGACCUUAACGAAGCAGAAUACAAGGACGACUUGGAUGAAGUAGAUGAGGAAGAUACCGAUGAUGGAGAUAAAUCGCAGCAUGCUUUAGCACCAGAAUACAAACGCUUAAUCGCUAUUCAUGCCGGGAAGCCAAAGGGCGGAUUAGAGGAAUGUCUAAGGGUGGAUCCCGAUAAGGUUAGACGUCUUAGCAUGAGUGAGCAACAACUUGAAAAGGCUGCAGUUACUCAUGGAAAAGAAAUUGUCAGAUUUACGCAGCGGAAUAUUCUUAGGGUAUAUCCGAAGGGUACGCGCGUCGACUCUUCCAAUUACAACCCAUUAAUCGGAUGGAUGCAUGGCGCUCAAAUGGUCGCAUUUAAUAUGCAGGGUUAUGGAAGAUCAUUGUGGUUGAUGCAUGGAAUGUUUAAGGCCAACGGCGGAUGUGGAUACUUGAAAAAACCCGAGUUCCUAUUGAACCCUAAUGACGUCUUUGAUCCGCGAGUCAAGUUAGCGGUGAAGAAAAUUUUGAAGGUAACUGUUUACAUGGGGGAAGGCUGGUAUUAUGAUUUUCAUCACACUCAUUUCGACGCUUAUUCGCCUCCGGACUUUUAUGCAAGGGUGGGGAUUGCCGGAGUUCCGGUAGAUUCGGUGAUGAAGAAAACCAAGGCAUUAGAGGACAAUUGGGUGCCUUCUUGGAACGAGGAAUUUGAAUUCCCUCUAACUGUCCCGGAACUAGCUAUACUCCGUAUCGAAGUGCACGAAUACGACAUGUCCGAAAAGGAUGACUUUGGAGGCCAAACAUGCCUACCGAUUUCGGAGCUAAGAAGUGGUAUCCGAGCUGUUUCACUUAACAGCCGCAAAGGUGAGAAAUACAACUCCGUGAAGCUCCUCAUGCGCUUCGAAUUCGUCAAUCCGUAGUCACUUAAAGGCGAAUACCAGUCCAUAUUUCUGUACCAACCUUCAAUUUGUUUGAUGGCAUUGUGAGCUUGUGUGCAGUUUACUUUAUCUACCACAUGUUGCACGUGUAUACUUGCGUCUUUCCGAGUCCGUGGAGUAGAAUACGAGUGUAAGAUAUAGACAUGUUUCUGACACGAAUGCGUUUAUUUUCCUGUAUUGCUUGUAUGAUUGCUGUGUCUAAUUUGUAAUCUUAGAUAUAAUACAAAGACUUAUAUAUAUUUAGGAUACUUUAGUAUCUAAACUAUCAAUUUUAUUUUGUUUUAG